CAAAGAAACACAUCACGAUUUAUUCGAUCAUCACUAUCGUUUGUGUCAAUUUAUUUCUUCAUUUUUCAUCUGUGUGUGAAUUGUUGCUUUGAUUCAUUCUCAGCCUCAAGAAAAUUGUAUUUGUUCAAUUUUAUUAGCAGUUUUAAGAAUCUCUGUGUGUGAGAAAAACAUUCGAUUGACACCGAUUUGACAAAAUCCGUCCAUCGAUUGUGCAAAACCAACGGAAAAAAAUCAAAUUCGAGACGAAGAAAAAGUAAUCAUUGCCAACGAAACGGUGAAAUAAACACUGCGAUCCGAAAAAAUGUUCAAAUUACACGCGGUGAAUUUGAAAAUCACCAAAAUCAUUUUUCGAUUAAUUUUGAAUGAUUUUAAAGAAAUUGUUUAUUCGUUUUGAUGGCAUUUUCUUAAAUGCUAAAAUCGUUUUUGUUGAUCGGUUCGGGUGAUUUGUGUGUUUUUGAGAGAGGUGUAUAAGAGCCGCCGCCACAUCAUUACUGAAUAGAAGAAAGAGAAAGAUAGAUUUGUGCACCCGAGGGACUGUACUGAUUAUACGUAUUUGAUAGUUUGUUCUGUUUUUCUUUCUCGUUUUUUUUAUUUCGUUCGAUGCCAUUACGAACGAAUACGUAAAGCAUGUGAAUGGAAGCGCAGCGCCAAACCUAUCUUUAAUGCCAUUAGAUGCGCUUUAUAAAGUGAAAAUUCAGAAGAAGAAAAAAAAGAGAGAAAUACACAAGUGGAAGAGAAAAAAGGAAGAAAACGCAAAACGAAAUCAAAAUAGAAUACAUAUAGGAAACAUAAGAGAGAGAGAAAAAAAAACGAGAUAAAGGAAACGAAAAGAAAAGAGAUUUGAAUUUAAUUCGAAGAAUUAUAGAAUUGUGUGUUUGUGAGACCAAUUAGUGCAAUUCGAUGCAUUCGUAUGUGGUAUAGUGUGCGUGCGACCAAGUUACUGUUGUUUUUUUAAUCGUUAAAUUCAUUCAUUUGCCAUGUGAAACUGAUUCUGAUGUGUUUGAUAUUGUGAUUUGACAGAGGUGCUCAAGAGGACGAACAAUAGACCGCAAAAGAAUAUAUAUAAAAUCACAUACACCAAAAAACGCACGCAUUUCAAGAGACAAACAAAUUAAAUCACGACAACAUCGAACACCGACAACACAAAAUAAGAACGAAAACAACAACAAAAAUUAUUACACAGAGCCAUGGCCACAUUAGGCAUUGGCUUAUCAAAGGUGUUCAUUUUGGAUAAAUAUUUUAAUGAAUUGAGUAAAUACUGGGAGACUGAAAUUAAGCUACAAGACGCUUCAUCGACGAACGAAGCUGUUCAUUUGCAGCAACGCUUAAAAAGCCUGAGCAGCGAAUUGGUUACGUUGCGGAAUCGAUUGCAUGUCGACAAUACCAAUGUUGAUGUGACACUGACUGGCGACGCUACCACUGGCGCUGCAGUCACAUCAUCCAAUACGGCAAAUUUAACCAAUGGACCAUUCGUUACGAAUCAUUCAAACAUGCAAAUCGCCACAUCAACAAUACCCAUAGCCAAUAAAUCCAAUCCAAAGGCAUAUCAAAUGGCUUCCAGUAAUACAUUGUCGCAUGGAAUCAAUUCCAUUCCAAUAGUUUCGCCCAGAAAUACCUCAAUACCUCAUCCACUGCCGCAUCAUAUAGGAAAAAAUCACGAAGUUGCUGCCAAUGGAGGAGGAACACUACGCCGUGUGCCACCAGAAAUUGUUGCAAAUGAAAUUAUCACAAAACCACAUGCAAGGAUCAUUUCGCCGAGCAAAACGGUCACGAGCCCGCACAAAAUUUUGGCGAAAGACAUGGAAGAUUUGAUACACUUGCAAGGACCUCUAACUGAAGAUGCAGUCAUGCGAACGCUUCAAGCACGUUUCAAUGAACACAAAUAUUUCACAAAUGUUGGACCAAUUUUGCUAUCGAUCAACCCGUAUAUUGAUGUUGGAAAUCCAUUGACAUUGUCAUCAACACGAACAUUAGAAUUGGCGGCUCAAUUGCGAAAAAUCGUUCUCGAAGCGGUUCGUCAACAGGCUGAAACUGGUUAUCCGCAAGCGAUUAUUCUGUCAGGUACAAGCGGAGCUGGUAAAACGCAUUGCUCGAUGCUGUUGUUGCGUCAAUUAUUUGCAGUGGCGGGUGGUGGACCAGAAACAGAUGCAUUCAAACAUUUAGCCGCUGCAUUCACCGUACUUCGAUCACUUGGAUCAGCAAAAACAUCGACCAAUUCCGAAUCCAGUCGAAUUGGUCAAUUCAUUGAAGUUCAAGUAACAGAUGGUGCUUUAUAUCGAACGAAAAUUCAUUGUUAUUUCUUGGAUCAGACGCGUGUCAUUCGUCCGUUGCCGAAUGAAAAGAACUAUCACAUUUUCUAUCAAAUGUUGGCCGGCUUGAGUCGUGAAGAACGCAUCAAAUUGAAUCUCGAAGGAUAUUCACCGGCCAAUUUACGGUAUUUGCAAGGCGGCGACAUUCGACAAGAUGAAAAAGAGGAUGCGGCUCGUUUUCAAGCGUGGAAAACGUGUUUAGGCAUUUUGGGCAUUCCAUUUUUAGAUGUGGUUCGUGUGCUGGCCGCCGUCUUACUAUUGGGCAACGUUCAAUUUGUCGAUGGUCAAGGUUUGGAAGUCGAUAUUAAAGGUGAGGCUGAAUUAAAUUCAAUCAGUUGCCUGUUGGGAGUUCCUGCCGCCGCUUUAUUUCGUGGUUUAACAACCCGUACACACAACGCUCGUAACCAAAUAAUCAAAUCCGUUUGCGAUGCGAACAUGUCGAAUAUGACACGAGACUCAUUGGCAAAGGCACUGUAUUGUCGCACCGUUGCAACAAUCGUUCGUCGUGCAAAUAGUCUAAAACGGCUUGGAUCAACGCUUGGUACAUUAAGCUCCGAUUCAAAUGAAUCGGUGCAUAAUCAAGGCGAUAUUGCGAGUCAACACGCCUCAACAAUCGGCGGUAAUUCCGGCUCAAAAUCGAUGGCUGCUUUGAAUAAUGCCGUAAGACAUGCCACCGAUGGAUUUAUCGGAAUUUUAGAUAUGUUUGGAUUUGAAGAACCAAAACCGGCACAGCUUGAACACUUGUGCAUUAAUUUGUGCGCCGAAACGAUGCAACAUUUUUACAAUACGCACAUUUUCAAGAGUUCAGUUGAAUCGUGCCGUGACGAAGGGAUUAUGGUUGAUACCGAUGUCGAUUAUGUCGAUAAUGUGCCAUGCAUUGAUUUGAUUUCAUCAUUACGAACGGGAUUGCUAAGUAUGCUUGAUGCUGAAUGUGCUGUACGAGGCACGGCUGAAAGUUAUGUCGCUAAAAUUAAAGUACAACAUCGAAAUUCAACACGUUUGGAAAAUAAACAAACGGAAUUACAAGAUCCCCGUACAUUCGCCAUACGCCAUUUUGCCGGUCGCGUUGAAUACGAUACAACCGAUUUUCUUGACACAAAUCGUGACGUUGUCUCCGAUGAUUUGGUGUCCGUGUUUUAUAAGCAUACGUGUAAUUUUGGAUUUGCAACGCAUUUAUUUGGCUCCGAAUUGAAAGCAUUGUAUGCAGUUGAAAAUGUACCGCGCGGUUUAAGCUUUCGAAUUGCACCAACUUCACAUACCGAUUUACUAAAUGGCGAUGAACCGGUGUCAACACUUACACAAGAUUUUCAUACACGUUUGGAUAAUUUGUUGCGAACACUUGUGCACGCUCGACCACAUUUUGUUCGCUGUAUUCGAAGUAAUGGUUUCGAAGCGCCCGGCACAUUUGAACGACAGACAAUUGUUAAACAGAUUCGUUCACUCCAAGUUUUAGAAACGGUUAAUUUGAUGGCAAGCGGCUUUCCACAUCGUAUGCGAUUCAAACAUUUUACAGGACGAUAUCGAAUGCUUGCACCAUUCCGCAUGCUUCGUCGAAACGAUGAUAAAGCUCUUGAUGAUUGCAAAUUGAUUUUACAAAUUGCAAUGGACACACCGCCAGACAUUCAAGGAACUGUAACAUUGUCAUGGGCACCUGGUAAACGCCAUGUUUUUCUCAGCGAAGGUAUUCGUCAACAUUUGGAGAAAUUACGAACCGACAUUCGCAUGAGAAGUGCCACCAUUAUUCAAUCGAUGUGGCGCGGUUAUGCACUCAGAAGACGUAUUGGUUCAGUUAAACGCACCACCAGAAAUACGCUUUCAAAUCACAUUCAUUCCAAUAAUGCAAAUAAUUCAGCAAACCGACUGACAGCACAAACCGCAGCAACACGAGUAAUUCGACCGCGACCACAACCGAUUGCUGGAACACCACCGCCUGAACUCAAAAUUGGUGUGCCCGAUCCAAAUGAAAAGUGCGACGCAAAUAUUAUUCAACAAACUUGCAAUCUAUUUGGUCUUGACUUGGAACGUCCGCCACCUGUUCCACCAUCGAGAUCGUAUACUGUAACUGGAAACUCAAAAUUGGGUUAUCCACAAACGCGCAUCAUGAAGAUGAAUUUCCCCGAAUUUUCAGCUCUAAAUCCGCCAACAAAGCAGCUACGUAAGGGCGAACAAGUCACUGUUGUUGGUGCAUCACAUCGACGAGGACAAUUGGUUGUACAACACAAAGGUGUAACGUUUAAUGUCCCAUUUCAGUACAUGGAACUUGUAAAAUCUGUCGCAUCAGCUGGACCAGUUAAUAUCUAAAUCGAUUAGCACAUUUAUUUUAAGCAAAAAAAAAGACUGUACAUAAAAUAGCCCGAUAAUAAUUAUUAUUUGAAUAAAAUCGCAAGCCGUCUCUAUAUGAAUGUAUAAAUUUAGUUCAUUUCAGUCCACAUCGCAAAUAAAAACAGAAAUUAUCUAUUUUACACUAACAAGCAUAAGUUUUUACAAAUUAAAUCAGACAUAAUCUUAAAGAAAUUAAGAACAAAACUUGAUUUGAAGAUAAAAAAAGAGUAAAAAUAAUGUUUUAAAUUGGCCAUUUGCAAUGAUGCAUUUGAUGCAACAAGUGCGUAACCCCUCGUAACUCCACAUUUAAAAUUGAUAUAUUUAAUGACGUUAGAGUUAUACACACAAUCAUAUUAUAAUGACUUGAAUAGUAUUUUUUUUUUUAUCGAAUCGCGCCACAUUCAAGAAGAAUACGCGAUAAUUUGCCAAUAUAUACAAGACAAAUAUAUUCUGAGAUUAUAAUAAAUGGAAAAAACGAUAUGCAAACUUUUGUUCGUAUUAUUUUCUACGUAAUCGUCAGACAAAUAAGUGCCAAGCGAUAAGUUUUUAUGUAAAUAGAACUAUGAUUUUUUACGAUAAGCAGCUUCUUUAUAGCUGGUUUUUUUCGUCAUUGCAAUUUAUAGUAAGAAUUCGCGUAUUUACGAGAGCAAUCCACUUUACAACAAUCGAAUGCAUUCCAAUUGCCCUUUCGCCCCAGAUAGACUUUAAGUUCGCAUUUCUUCCUUCUCAUUUCGCUAUCGCAUUUAUGCUUCAUAUUUUAUUUGUAAAACACAAAUA